AUGAGCCCCUACGAGAAGAUUGACUGCCAUUCCCACUAUCUCCCCGAGAAAUACCGAGAAGCACUUGCGGAGAAUGGACAUAAAAAUCCAGAUGGAAUGCCAGCCAUUCCGCACUGGAGCGAGGAAAACCACCUAGCGAUGAUGAAAGAACUGAACAUCACCAAAUCCAUCAUCAGCGUCAGUUCCCCGGGCUGCUACCUGAAGCACGGUGAAGACAAACUCGCACGAAACCUCGCACGGCACGUCAACGAAGUCGGCUCAGAUCUAAAAAAGCGGCGGCCGGACCAAUUCGGGUUCUUCGCCUCGCUGCCCCUCGCCGAUGUUGAGGGCUGUCUCCAGGAGGUUCCAUACGCGCUGGACGAGCUCGAUGCUGACGGGUUCGUGGUCAUGACGAAUUUCGGAGGGAGGUACCUGGGCCACAGGGAUUUUGAUGCGGUUUUUGACGAGUUAAACAAGAGGAAGGCCACCGUAUUUAUGCAUCCGACCACACCCUGCCUGCCUUCUGGGCCACCUGCCACCCCGAUUACUGAUUUCCCUCGACCGAUGUUCGAGUUUCUCUUCGAUACAGCACGCGCGGUGAUCAAUCUGUUCUUGUCAGGAACGGUUAGCAGGUGUCCGGAUAUCAAGUUCAUCGUGCCGCAUAUGGGCGGGACUUUUCCGCCGCUGAUCGAUCGGUUCGCUACGAUCGGAUCUUUGCUGCAGCUGCCCAAUGUCGACCCGAAGGUGAACCCGGCCUGGGUCAAAGAGCGCCUCAAUUCGCAGUUCUACUUCGAUACUGCGGGCUGGGCCUUCCCGAACCAGAUCAAGGGCUUGCUGCAAUAUGUCAACGUGGACAGGCUGCUCUAUGGUAGUGAUUAUCCAUUCACUAAUGUUAAAGCAGUGGGUGUGUUAUCCAACGACCACGACCAGUACUUGCCUGAAGUGUUUCCGGAGGAGGAGGAGCGAGAUAUGCUCGUGAACAAGAAUGCUCUCAAGUUGUUCCGCAAAGGCUAA